AUGGCAGAAGACCCAGUCGAUGCUACUGUACAAAAGGGUGCAAACUUUAGGGAUCUACCGGGCGUUAGAGUUCGUGCUGAUAACAAAGUUGAAUUUGAUCCUGAUGUAGAAAGAGAAAAGCUGCCUUCUGGGAAGCCUUUGGAAUGGUACGAUGCUGAAUUAGAACCAGUUGCUUCAAAUAGCAUGGCGCAGUUAAUGAACAUUGGAAAUGAUGCCCGAAAUGUGGCCAGUUCGAGAAAUGCUGUUUAUAGGGGAUUUUUGUGGCCAUCACUUGGAAGAAAUGCUUCCAGUUCAAUCCAUCACAUGCAUGCUUUUAAUAAUAGGGAAAGGUGCUACCUGAUUCAAGGAGUGUGCCAUUGA